AUUAAACCAAAGAAACCUUCAACAUCUCCCCUCAAUCAUGUUAAAAUUUAAAACAGAAGGCUAUAAAGAUAAGAAAAAGAUGAAGGCGAGAUUGGUUGUCACACACUACAUUGAUUAUUGUAAAAAGAAAAAAAUCUUUUGAUCACUAUUUGAAUACUGAUUAUAGACAACUUCUUAUCACUUCACAAAGAUAAAGUAUGUAUUAUAGCAAAACUGCUUUCCACGUUGAUUAAACAUAAAGAUUACAAAAAGCAUCAUGGUAUAUUUGUACGUCUUUUUAUCUUUGGUUGCACUACUGGGAAUAUUUUGUAAUGGUUCUAUCUUAGUUUCUGUCAUAAGAUAUCGUAUACUUCGAAAGAAACAUUACGCGUUGCUGGUCAGUCUUGCAGUUUGUGAUACGCUAAAAAUUUUUGUUAUAUUUGGUGUGAUAAUAAAUUUUGCUAUAAAAGAUUUCAAAUUUUGUGUUAUUACGAGUUGCUUUGGCAUGCUGCUUAUAUUUGUAACAACAUUUCAUCUGGCUGCAGAAAGUAUAAAUAGGUGUUUGAUCAUACAAUUUCCUUAUCGGUAUGAUGAUGCCAUUUCAAAAGAGAGGUUAGCAUUUGCAAUAUUUGUGCUCUGGUUUUUUCCAAUAUUCUUUGAAAUAGUUUUGCCUCGGUUCUUUUACAGUAAUGAUUGGUUUGAAUCUUACAAUUUUCAAGCACACAUGUUCGGCUGUAAUACAGAUGAACUUUACGGUACUGAUACUUAUAUAAUUAUAGUGCAUGCUAUUUUUUUUGGACUACCUCUUUUAAUAAUGGUUAUUUCUUAUGGAUUCAUGCUUCAUAUGGCGUACAAAAGCGCGAAACAAAUGCGAGAAACACAAGUUAGGAGACGAACAAGGAAGUCACCAGCUAUAACAGAAACAAGAUUUUCCAAUCCCAUUAUUGCCAUGGUUACAUCAAGCUAUGAUACCGCAGCAAUAUCUUCUACUAACCAAGGAAUCGAACCAAUAGAACACCAAACAAGAACUCAAAGUGUAGCGUCUACAGCAAAAAAGGAAUUUCAAAGAUUAAUGAACAAUAGAAAGCGUGAAAUAAAAGCUUCAAAAACAGUAGUUAUGAUUGUCUUCACUUUCAUUGCUUGCAACGCUCCAACAUUUUCCAUGACUUGGACAGACAUGAACUCUGAAAGUUCAACUUCAAAAAGUGAAGCAAGAAUAUUUUUGAUAGGCCUUGCCUUUUUGCAAGUCUUUAUUGAUCCAAUCGUAUACUUUUUGCGUUUAAAAGAUUAUAAAAACGCAAGAAAAACGAUUAAAAGAGUUGGUACCACAAUGAUUCGUAAAACAAUUAGAAAAUUAUAAUUAUUAUUAUACAUAAGUUGGUUUUAUAAAUGAACAUAAUAGCAAUAAAAUUAUUUAUUUUA